AUGCCCGGAACGGAUAGCGCAAAACCAACGUUUAAAAUAACGAAUCCAAGCGACGGCCCAAAGUUGACAGCUGCACAAAUUGCCUUUAUGAAAUUGACCGAAAAAGAGAAUUUGAAGCGUUUACAAAAGCUUGAAUUAAUCCGCAAACGAAAUUGGAUCACCGGCUGGACGUUGGGUGCCUGUGUGCUUAGCAUUUACGGUUAUACAAUUCUCACCGUCAAACAGGAGAGAUUCUUGGAUGAUUUCAAUGAACCAGAAAAAGUUGUGGUAGCGAAACCGGAAUAA